UCUCAAAAGUUUUAUUCUACAAUCGGCGUCUUAAAAAUUAUUUUUUAAUACUCGACAUUGUUUAUAAAUUACGUAACGUUAUGCCAAAGGUUCCUUGUAGUUGAUCGCUUCUCGUUAGUUUGAAGUCAUGUCUAGAGCAACGUUUAUGAAUUUAAGGCGAUUAACUAAUACUAACGCUAGUUCAAAAAACAGGGAAUGGAAGUUCAUCAGUUUAAUGAAUGGCAAAGAUAUUUUCUAUUCAACUAGUUGUCUUACAAAAAUAGCAAUAACACCCAAAUAUUUGUAUGGAAUACAAAUACGACACUUCAUAAAUGUGUUUAAUACUGGAAUAAAUAACGGAAAAAAGUAUAAAGAAAAACAGUUAAUUGGAUAUUCUCCGGAGCAAAUGUUUGAUGUUAUUCAAGACACAGAAAAUUAUAAACAUUUUUUACCAUUUUGUCGACAGUCUACAGUCAAAGUUAAAGGAAAGGAUCAUGCUAAAACUUAUUUAGAAAUUGGUUUUCCUCCUAUAAUAGAAAGUUAUGUAUCACAUAUUACAUUUCAACGCCCUCAUAUGAUUAAAGCAGAAUGUCGUGAUGGAAAACUGUUUAAAUAUUUAUUAACUCAAUGGAAUUGUGAUCCAGGAUUAAAAGAUAAUCCAAAUACUUGUGUUAUUACUUUUUUUGUGUCUUAUGAAUUUAAAUCACAAUUACAUUCAGCAUUAGCUAAUAUGUUUUUCAAUGAAUUAGUUAAACAAAUGGAACAUGCUUUCUUUGUUGAAGCUGGUCGACGAUAUGGCAAACCUUGUAUAAAAGCCCAAAAACUUUAAUAAUUAACUGGAAAAUUAAAUUUGUUGUUUAAGAAAACGUUAUACCCGCAUGCGUUCUGUUAAACGCAGAUUUGCUAUGAUGUAAAUUAGUAAAACAGACAACAAAUACGGGUAUAGCGUCCUCUUAACAAUUCCAAAAGAAGUAACUAAUAAAAGUACUUCCAAGUGAAUAAUUUUGUUAAAAUUUUAGUGUUGACUAUUGUUUAUGUUUAUUUUCGAAGAAAAUAUCUAGAAUAAAUUAUCUUUACAUAGGUACUUAUUAUUGUUUAUUAAUUAGUGAAGAAAAAUAAAAGAAUAUUAAUAAUAAGAGUGGAAAUCAGUUGUGAUAACAUUGAUGAAAACAUUAGGAAUGAAAAUAAAUAUUAAAAUUUAAUAAUGUGUUUAAUUUUACCAUAAUAUAGGCAACAGUAAUACAUGUGUUAUAAUUCUGUUA